AUGCCACCUAAGUUGACUAAUCAAACUGCUAGCAGUACUCAACUUGAAGAUACAAAUGCCAGCGGAUAUGCGACGGACCAGUCUCAACUCCGCCAAUCAAAUAGAGCCUCAUUGGUGGUUGUAGAACCAGGCAUGGUCCCAACUGGCUCAGACUCCCAGGUCAAAUUAACCAAACCAGCUAGAGACAUUGCGGCCCCUUCUAUGGAAUCUGGCCGUUCAAUGGCCCCCCGGAGUAUGCCCAAGAAAAAGAGGAUACGGAUGAAUCAAUCAAGAUUACUCCGAGGGAAGUUAAAAAAAAAGUUGGAAAAAGAGUAUGACAAUGUCUUAGAUUUCUUCAAAGCACCGGUUUGGAAGCAAGGCGACAAUCCCAACACACAGAUAAAUUAUAAGUGUAAAUGGUGUGGGAAUAAUUAUCAAGCACAAAAGACUUCUCAUGGGAACUUGAAGGUGGAGUGUAACGGUUCAACUCAGUCUGAGAAGAAAAGCUACGGCUGUGUAAAUCAAGCAAUAGCAAAGCUUUCAGGUUCAAAAUUACCUCCCUCAGUGGCUGAGCGCAACCUUGCACAAGCCCAUGACGGGGGUGAUCCUAAACAGACCAUCAUUGAUGGUUUUCUUCAGAACCAGCCAAAUUUUUUCAAUAUUGACUCACAAAACAUCAAUACAAUCUCAUCAGGCGGCUUUAUCAUUCAGCAACAAGAUCACUUCAGUGCUUCUUGCUUCUCAAAUAACUCCUGCUUCUUAUAUCUCUAUCAAGUCCUCAACUUAUCUAAGAUAGUUACAAUCUCUGGCGAUUUGACAGGCGCUGCCAUGGGGAUUGAUAAUGACACUCCACCCCCCUUCGCACACACACUCCAACACUCCCUUCUCUGA